AACGACUGAGCAUCCAUGCCUUAUUUCUUCAGCUCUUUCCAGGAAGAACGAGUCUUGAUCCCGCCAGCCGGAAGGCGUCGCCCUCCUUCGCGAACUGAGGCCCACGGGGCCGCUCCCUCCUGCUGCGUGCGCAGGCGCAGAGGGCUCUUCCGGCGCCAGGCCGCUCUCCGUGCCGCCUCCUCGGCCAGGAUGCCGCGCCUAGGCUACGGCCUGAGGCUGCUCGAAGCUGCGUCUGGUUCUAGGGCUGUCACCCGGCUCCCUUUGGGCGCCGACAUGCCUAAGAAAGCUGGUGCGACGAACAAGGGUAAAAGCCAGAGCAAGGAACCAGAGAGACCACUUCCUCCCUUAGGUCCUGUGACAGUUGAUCCUAAAGGCGGUGUCAGCAUAGCCAUCCGUGCCAAACCUGGUUCCAAACAAAAUGCUGUGACAGACGUGACAACCGAGGCUGUGAGUGUAGCCAUCGCAGCGCCUCCGACGGAGGGAGAGGCUAAUGCAGAGCUGUGUCGCUAUCUUUCCAAAGUCUUAGAACUCAGGAAGAGUGAUGUGGUUUUGGAUAAGGGUGGUAAAUCUCGUGAAAAAGUGGUGAAGCUUUUGGCCUCCACACCUCCGGAAGAGAUAUUGGAGAAAUUGAAAAAGCAAGUUGAAAAGAAAUAAAAGCAAGAAGCGAAAAGUACGUCCUUGAGAAACUUUUUUUAUUGCUAAUGAUGGAGAGACUGUUAAAAUACACAGAAUGUGUAAAUAUAUUUAAUAAGAACAGGACUCAAAAAAGAAGUAUGAAGAUUAAAAGUACUGGACAUGGAACUUAGGUUCUCAAAUCUCUGAUCCCAUACAGCUCGGGACAUGUUGCUCUGUUUUCACAGAAUUACAGAGUACAGAGCUGGAAAGGAUAUUUAGGAUGACCUGAUUCAGCCCCUUUCAUUUUGUGAUGAGCCCUCUGAUUUCAGAAGUUGAGAGUAUUCAGGAUCACUUGGUGCAAGAUGGCAACUAGAACUUAGAUCCUUUGGCUUCUAGCUGAAUGCAGUUUAUCCUUGUUGUAAAUUAAAAUGGUAAUAUUUCCACAGCAA